GUUCAAACUUCAAAGUAAUUAUUUGAUACAUGUUCAUUGCGAGAGCAAAGGAUUGAAUGUUUGACAUUCCCAACUUGAAGAAACCUCGCGAGAAGUGACGGGCGGCCAGAGAAGCAGUAGCAGUUUGAAUAUUUGGUACUACCACCAAGAUCUGCACCGCGGGGACCCGCUUCACCUAGGCUCACUCUGCAGUCUUCACAGCAGCUACCUUGCCCUCCUGCUCGGCAACGGUGGUUGUGUUCUUGCCAAGUUGUUUCAUCUCCUUUAUUGAAAACAAACUAAUGAAAUUUUAAUAUUCAGUAAGGAAUACUAAGGAUCAUAUUAGAUCAUUAGAAGUAUGGCUGGGUGUUUAGGCUUACAGCUUCCCACACUAUGCUCAUCGUUUGCGAUACACUGUCAAUCGCAUGCACCCUGCGCUAAUGUGCUUCUCUUCGGAGACAGCCAUGGCUCCUCCUCUGGCCUGUGCGCCGCAGGUGACCUUGUGAAGUCGGCAACAUCACAUCCGUGCACUAACAGAAUUGCAGCACCACAGAGAUGCCUUCUUGGCAUCUUGCGCACUAAGAUGGGUCCCCGGCAUCACAGCGAAGACCGGCCUGUGUGCGCUGGUACAUCCCUGCUCUUCGCACAGAAAAUGAUUCACCAGCAAGGGGUCUUCGCUCAUCCUCCGCUGUCGAGCAUACCUCCAUCGACCCGCGACAGGAUAAAGCUAGUUCAUGCCACCAUGGAAGUGCCUCUCUGUAGCAUCACAGACACAGAGAGCGUCUCGUUGUCGGCAGCUCGGGGCGGUGUUGUCGAUUCAUAUUUCGGCUUCUCAUUGCGCUCUGCAGGAGGCAGCAAAGUGGGUUUCGCAGAUGCUCUCUGCAGACCUGCUGGGUCUACGAGACUGAGGAGAAACUACUCUUUUCUAUUGUCGACACGACAACCAUUGUGUUCUGGUCAUGUCGUCUCGGCAAGAUCUGGGGUACUGGGGUGCGAUGAAGUCCUAUCACCUGGCAAGAGAGGAGUUUGUCAGGGUUUUCUGAUGCCAGGCGCAGUUGAUAGACUUGCGGUUGGUAGGAAUAGGACCGGUUUUCUGUCCAGGAGGUUAGCAGAUAUCGACGAUGGGGAUGUCAAUCGAAGAGACUUUGCGGCGUGCACCAGCUACCGAACAAGUGUGAUCGCCAGAAUGGCAACGAGUGUUACAGAGAGAGUUGUUUUCCCCGACUUCCUUCCUCCCGAAGUUGAGGACAUCGAAGAGGAGAUGGCGAGGGACAUGGCCAUGAGAAUUGAGAAGCUUCCUGUCCAAGGGAGUUUCUGCGACAUUGCGAUUCCCUCCAGCUUUGUCGGACCCUUAUCCUCCUCCAAUGACCAAACUACUUCAUCGCCCAUGCCGAUCGUCUUGCUCCACGGAUUUGACAGCUCUUGUCUCGAAUUCCGGAGACUUCAUAUGCGCCUGUGCCGUGGAGGUGCAGAAGCAUGGGCAGUGGAUAUCCUGGGGUGGGGGUUUUCGGACACGGUCAACAAAGGCGUAAAGCAGUUUGGACCGGCGGAAAAGACGGAACACCUAUUUGAGUUCUGGAGGCAACAUAUUAGGAAACCCAUGUUAGUGGUGGGCGCAAGCCUUGGCGGUACCCUCGCAUUGGAAUUAGCACUGACACAUCCUGAGGCGGUUGCGCAGAUUGCACUUAUCGAUGCCCAGGGCUUUGCUGAAGGAACCGGCAACUUGGCGAAACUACCCGACUUCCUCGCUUACGCAGGUGUUGCAGUUCUGAAAAGCCAGUUGCUGAGGGAGUUGGCAAAUAGGAUGACUUACCACGAUGUGAAAACUUAUGCCACUGCAGAUGCGGUUAGAGUAGGACGGCUCAGCUGCCUGAUGCCGGGCUGGGCGCAGGCACAGGUGAGCUUCAUCAAGAGCGGCGGAUUCAAUGUAGCUCGCAGGAUCCCGGAGGUCAGGCAAAAGACGUUAAUCAUCUGGGGCGAGGAGGACAAAAUAAUCCCACCGUCGACAGCUCAGGUGUUUGUUGAUCUGCUUCCUUGUUCGUCGCUCACAUGGAUUCCAGAGUGCGGUCACGUACCACACCUUGAGAAGCCUGCAAUGGUUGCAGAGAGACUACUUGCAUUUGUCAACGAGUAAGGUGUGCUGAAGUUCUUGCUUCGGGUUACACUCUUUUUGGGGUUUAAAAAGCUACCUCUUGUGGUUUUGCAUUGCUUUUCGCGGUCUUUUGUAAAAAAUUUCUACCGCUGAUUGCAUGUGGUCCUCAUUAGGUCUAUUUGACUCUUAUCUUUUGCGGGAGGGAACAAAGCAAAUGCCCGCUU